CAGCCCCCGCCGAUGACGUGGCGGCCGUGCCCCUGGAGGACGGGGCGCUGGGUCGGCCGUGACCGUGCGCUCGGCCCCGGUCCCUUCCGCUCCCGUCUGGCCGGGGGCGGCCGGGACGCUGGCACUCCACGUUGCUCCGGAGCUCAGGCAGGGGGGCAGGUCGCACACCAGGCCAGUGGCUGACCCCGAGCCUCCACGUGGCACAGGGGCCCUCAGGACGAAUGGCCACGAUGGGCAGGCUGCUUGGCCUGCUGCGGCGGCACGUGCUGACAGGGUCUGCUCUGGCGCGCCGAGGCCUGCACACGUCCUCCCGGCAGGCUGACAGCAGCAGAGCCUCGCUCACGCGUGUGCACCGACAGACCUACGCACGCCUCUACCCUGUGCUGCUGGUCAAGCAGGACGGCUCCACCGUCCACAUCCGCUAUCGGGAACCACGACGAAUGCUGGAGAUGCCCGUGGACCUGGACACCCUGUCCCUGGAGGAGAGGCGGACGCGGCUCCGGAAACGCGAGACCCAGCUCAGAAAGAAAGAGGAGGAGAAGCCAGAGCUCAGUGACGACUUUGACGAGGAGCGGUACAAGCGGUUUUGGACAAAAAAGUGACCUGCCCGGAAGCUGCCCUGGGCGGGGAGGGUGUGUCUUUAAAUGGUGUGUUCACAAA